CUUGCGAACCAUAUAAGAGUUGAAACUGAAUCCGACCGGGCGGUCCAAGUCUUUCUCAACUGUCAAGCUCAAGACUCGAGAAAGUGAAAGCAGUAGCUAUGGCUUCUUCGUCGCCGUCUCCACCUCCUAAAAUCCUCCUAGCUAAGCCUUCUGCAAUCGCCACCGCUGGUCCCGUCCUCGGAAAUUUCGGCCGCCAAACUCCCGCUGCCGAUGAAGAACCUAUUCCGCAUCCUCGCUCACGUUUACCUGCUCUCAAUCUACUUUCCGAUUCAUGGGACUUUCACUUCGAGCGAUUCCUCCCUUUCCUGACGGAGAACACUGAUUUCACAGUGGUUGGAGUGAUUGGACCCCAUGGUGUUGGGAAAUCGACCAUUAUGAACGAGCUUUAUGGCUUCGAUGGAACUUCACCCGGAAUGCUGCCACCAUUCAAUGUACAAUCAGAGGAAAAUAGAGUAACGGCAAGGCAUUGUACUGUAGGAAUUGAACCCAGGAUAUCUUCUGAGCGGCUUAUACUUCUUGAUACACAGCCUGUAUUUAGUCCAUCUAUCUUAGCUGAGAUGAUGAGACCAGAUGGUUCGUCCACGAUGCCCGUUUUAUAUGGUGGUGAGAAUCUCUCUGCCGAGUUGGCACAUGAAGUUAUGUGCAUCCAGCUUGGUGUGCUGCUGGCAUCCAUUUGUCAUGUUGUCCUGGUGAUAUCGGAUGGCACGAAUGAUGACAGUAUGUGGCAUUUGAUGUCAACGGUGGACCUGUUGAAACAUGGCAUACCUGAUCCAUCUUCACUAAUCUCCACGAGCAGUGUCUCGGGAACAGAAAGAGACAACAAAGACAAAAGCUUUGAGGAAAACUACAUAGCUACUCCUGUGUUUGUGCACACAAAAUUACAAGAUGAAAAUUGCACUCCACAGUAUUACUCGCAACUGAGGGAGGCAUUAACACGAUAUUUUGGAUCCUCUUCAUUCACAAAUAAGAAAUCUGGAAGCGUGCCAAAAGAGCAGACCUUCUCCAACACUUCAAAUUCCAAGGAUAGCAGCAUGCUGCUAAAUUUACAUUUGAUCCCUUCCAGGACCAAAAAUGAAUCUCCAAGAGCUCAGUAUGAAAGUCACCUUUCUGUUCUAUGGAAAUUGCGAGAUAAGGUGUUAUCCAUGAACUGUCCAUCGUUUGCAAGGCCAGUCUCAGAGAGGGACUGGUUAAAGAAUUCAGCAAAGAUAUGGGAGUUAGUGAAGAGUUCUGGUGUUAUUACAGAGUACAGUCGAAUGCUUCAAGGCUCAGGGAUGUUCAGAAGUAGAUGAACUGCAAACAGAUUAUGGUGGCUGAUUGUAAAGCUUGCCAGACAUUUGGUUGGAUGUAUUUCACAGAUUGCACUGUAAUCACAUGUACUCGUUUAUCGUCGACCUGAUGUACUGUAUUUAA